ACUAUCUUCCUCUCCUCAGCCCCACUCUGUCUCAAUCUUCCCUUUUCUCCCACCCACCUAUAAAUCCCAUACAGCCCCCUCUUCUCUCUCUCACCUGUAGUCGCUCCUCAGUUCAUACCCACAAAAAAAUUUUUAAACUUUCUCUCCUAUUCUCUAUCCCUUCCUCUGUUUCCUGCUUGAUUUCUUUAGUUUUGAUUCAAUCAUCAAUGGCUGUGUCUGGUUUUGAAGGCUUUGAGAAGCGCCUGGAGCUUCACUUCUUUGGUGAUGAUCCUGUAGUGGACAAUAUGGGUCUUAGACUUCUUGAUUUCGAGUCAUUAGUUAAAGUUUUAAAUGCUGUGCAAUGCAGUGUGGUAUCUGCUGUUGGGAACCAAUAUUUUGAUGCCUACGUAUUAUCAGAAUCAAGCUUGUUUGUCUACCCCACCAAGAUCAUCAUCAAGACAUGUGGGACCACCCAGCUUCUCAAAUCCAUCCGUCCAUUGUUACGCUAUGCUUGCAAUCUUGGCCUCACUUUGUGCUCUUGUAGGUACACCAGAGGUAGCUUUAUCUUCCCCAAGUCACAGCCCUUCCCUCACACCAGCUUCAGAGAAGAAGCCAUCUAUAUUGAAGAGAACCUCCCCUCUGAUCUUUGCUAUAGAAAAGCCUCUGUUAUGCCCUCGAAAAUGGCUUCUCAUUCUUGGCAUGUUUUUACUGCUACUUGCCAAAAUCACAUCAUAUCCCAAAACGAUGAGCUUUACACUAUUGAGGUUUGCAUGACAGAGCUCGACCGCGUCUUGGCUCGCAAGUUCUUUCAACCUCCCGGAGAUGGCAGCAACGGUGACGUAGCCGGAAAAGAGAUGACGAAACUUACUGGUAUAGAAAAUAUCAAUCCAGGAGCUAUCAUUUGUGAUUUUGCGUUUGACCCUUGUGGAUACUCCAUGAAUGGGAUUGAUAAUGAUCGUUACUCUACCAUUCAUGUCACCCCGGAGGAUGGUUAUAGCUAUGCAAGCUUUGAGUGUGUGGGGUCCAUUUUCGACAAUAAUAAUCAUAUAGCCGAGAUUUUAAAGAAGGUGGUGCAGGUUUUCCGGCCGGCAACCAUGUCAGUUUCUACAACAUGCACGAGCCCUGAAGUGUGGACAAGGGUUGCACAUGCAGUGGAGCCACUUGGAAUGAAAUGCCGGAGUUGUGCAGUGGAUGAGUUCCCAGCAAGUGGAAGCGUGGUGUUCCAAACGUUCACAGUCCGCCGGAAAUAAACCGGGAAAAAUGGAGAAUUGGUAGAUACAUUGGGGGAGGGAAGGGAGAGAGUUAGGAUAUAGAGUUUAGAAAAAACAAAAAUUAUUAGGGCGGGUGAUGAAUAUGGGAAUUGAUAAUGUGGGCAGAAGUGAUUGGUUAAUUGAAGGUGGGAGUGAUGAAUGUUGGGUUGACUUGUGUAGAAAGAUAAAAGUGGGGGGCGGAUGGAAGCAGAGGGCUGUGAGAAUUUGGGAUCUAUCUUUCAUGAUAAUGCACCCCACUUAGGCUUGUCACGCCUUGAGAUUUUUGAGCUUGUGUAGUGCUCUUGUUUUUUUCAGGUUUAUAUGAACUUUCUCUUUCAC